GCUCAGACUACAUUUACACGCAACCACUCAACUGAACAGGUGUACGUAGAUCACCAUGGGUUAUCCGAAUUACCAUGUCUUUCGAAUGUUUGACUUCUCCCUGUGUCUGCUGACUUAAUCUCGAAUGGGAACGUUAGACAAGGAAUGAGGCAGAUGCUUAUGUUUUCAAACUGUGAAGAUUAGAUGCUUCAAGGCAUGGAAAGAUGGCACUCUCCAGGUGUGACUGGAAACGACACAGGCAGAAGCAGUCGGCUCUUCACGGCUUCAAUAGGCUCAUCAGGUAGCAGCACAGAUGAAAGGAUUAGUCUGGGCCCGGUCAUUGGGCGAAGCCGCUCCAAUUCCCUGCCCAUCAGGGUACAAUCACAGAGUGAAUAUCUGGACUCCAUACGAGCGCUAGCCCAGGCUUACAGUACUACAGAGCAGCACUGGAAUAGCAGCGGCAUUGGUCAUGCUGCUGGUGCAGCAGCUGAACUGGUGGACGGUUAUGUGACGCGGCCUCGCAGCGCCACAAUGAUCGACACGCACCGGCACCACGGUCGUAUGGACUCGGAGCAGACCAGCAACUCCGGCCGGACAUUUGGCCAUUCGUUGCCGAUGGCCUCAGACACGGGCGAGGUGUUCGCGCUGCCCGCCUCAGAGGAAGAAAAAGCCAAAAUUAUCAACAGUCGACUGCAAGAGCUGGACAGCACGCAGCGGUCUUGGAAGAAGCGAGUUGCCGAUUACGUGCAUGGACUGCCGUCUACAAAACCACUCCCUGGCGAGGGCGGACGCAUGCAGGAUCCUAAACGCAGGCGUUUGUGGUCGACUGGUUGUGAGCGUUUACCGUGGGAGAUAAGGUCCAGUGAUGGAGUUGCACCACGGCAAAGGAUAACCACGGUCAGUUCCGAUUCCACCUUCUCCUGUUCCCAGCUGUCCACCUCUUCCAGUCGGGACAGCAUCCAGCACUGGGUGGACUCCAUCGACGGUCAGGAGGACUUGGACGCCACGCUGAUCCCUGGACAGACCAAUGGGGAACGCCGACGUAGCACCGGUAACCUGCCAUUUGCUAGUGCCAGCAGGAAGAUCUCUGAUCAAGGCAAUGGUACCCCAAAGCGCGGCACACGCAGCGUGGAUGAUGAUCUGGGCUUGGGCGCCGAUGCUGAGUCUGUCACUGGGUCCAGCAAAGGCGAGGAUGCCAAGACAAAUCAAGUCACAGGCCCAGGGGGCAAAAAGCUUGAGAAGAAACUCACCAACACGGACAUCAUUAACAUGGCCAACCAGACGAGGGCGCUACAGAGUCGCAGGAAGCAGCUGCAGCGCAUGGGGAGCAGUGCGAUGUCCGAUACCUCCAUGGCCAGUGUAUCAGACCUCUUGUUUGCCCGGAAUGACCCAGAGGAGUUGCUGCUGAAUCUAGGCUUCGGCGGUGGGAAGGAACCCAACCCGCUGGAGCGGAUCCCCAACCGCUUCCUGCAGCAACCGUCAACAGUGAGAGGUAUCAGCAUCGACAACUACCUGAUGCUGUCUGAAACACAGGACCAAAAAUAUGGAUUCAGUCUCCAUGGAGGUUUGCGAGGCUUGGGAGCUGUCCUCCAACAAUCAGUGUGUGCUAUAUCCCCUUCAUCGGAAUACCUUAUGUGUCCGGCGGAUGUAGGAGAAGCUACAAGCUGGACCAGGGGGUUCCAGUCAACAAGCUCCAUUUCACAAGAUGGGCAACAAACAGUAAACUCAGACAGACAAAGUAGCACAUCAGACAAGUUGAGUAUCCAAGGUGGCGAGACACCAAGAACUGAUUCCCAAGUACUCAACUCCCAGCCAGGUACCAACGUUGGUGAUGCCAACCUCACGAGACUGAGAAAUGGACUCAGCACCUCCCCCGAUUUCAAUUCAAAAGCCAAAGAUGCCUCACUGACCUCCCAGUCAUUCAGUAAUGGAACAACUUCCCUCCCCGCCAACCCAGCUUGUAGAAAUGAGCUCAGCAGUUCUACCCUGCCCAACCAGGUCGGGAGUAACUCUGCCGUUGCGGAUUCCUCAUCAGGGUGUGAACUGAUCAGCGAUUCCUCAGACUCGGACUGGGACUAUGAAGAGGUAGACCCCAGCAGUGGUGGCCUCAGGCUCUCAGAGGAUCACCGACGAUCGUCGCGGUUGUCUCGCAUGGUGAUGCCGGAGCCCUUGCUGCCUCCUGUAAGCGAGGAACUGGAAGUCAGCCAAACGGCCCAGUCACUGAAGCCUCCCACGAUAGCGGCUUGUGAAGGUGAUCCUGAGCAAAACUUGCAGCGUGACUCGCAGGAGAGAUUGAAUGGAAUCGAGCACCGCAAGCCGACCGAGGGUUGUUCACCAAAGAGAGGGGUGGAACUGAGCAUUGGGGAGAAGAGAAUCACCUCGCUGAAUCCUGAGAGAUCUACCCACCGUCUUACCCCCAACCAAGAGUCUUUUGAGAUAGAAGAGAUUUCCAGUACUGAGAAUCAAGAGGAUAGUAGCUCAGCCAACAGAACGGCUGACAAAGUACCGGGAAAAGAGCCUCUUGUUCGCACCGACAGUGCUCAGUCAGACAGCAGCGGCUUCGCCGAUGAAGUCAUGGACUCAACGAUUGCUUCCAAUUCACCCUGCCUUGAGGAUCGCAAUGGCUCUCCUCAGAGGGUUAGUGGGGAGGGCAACAACAGCCGGCCUGAAAUGGGAAACAAACUCAUCCAGACCAGCUUUGAUGACUUUGGUGUGCUGGAGAGUUUUGAGCGAGACGAGGCUGCCCAAGAUGCCUCAGACACUGUCUUUGAGGAGGAGGGGAACUCGGUAUCAGAACGGUCCUCCACCGUAUCCAACGCGGAGAGGAUUGCGCGGUCGCGGAAGUCGUUCCGGGAGUCCAGGAGCAGCUAUGAUCGGAUGGGAAGCACCUUUAGUGGGAUCAGCAUCUCCAGCCUGGAGGACUCGCCAUUUGAUGGUGACGGACCCGCGUUACCGGUUAGGACCUUGCAUGUCCCGCGUCAGCGCUCGGGGACGUACCCAACAGAGGCUGAAAAGCAGGAGGUUUCUCCAGGCCCUAAGACAGUGGUGGAAAUCCUGACUACACUGCAAGAGAACAUCAAACAGGCCACAGAGGCCAAGAAACUCAUCAAAGAUGAAGAGGCUGGAAAUUCCACCAAAAGGAGACCCGCACUGUCCAAGAUGAAAUCAGUGAAUUUUGACUGCUUCCCGCUGGAGGACAUUCCAAGCAUAAUGGAGUCUGUGGAGGCAAUCUUAGGUCGUUCUAAAGAAGUUUCUCCAUCAGUGCCUGAAUCAGACACGGAUAGAACUAAUGUGGUUCAUACUUUCUUUGAGGAUAUUAAGACACCAUCAGCAGUGGUUGAAAAUGGAGUUGUGGAAGAGAGUAGUACUUGUAAAUCGAAUCUGAAAGUCCUGAAACGGAAAUCCAGCCAGAUAAGUAUGGUUCCGACCCUUCCGUGCCUGGAUGAGGAGAAAACGCCAGCACAUUCCAGACACUCCAGUGUGACUGAUACCCAGCAUUCAGUACCGAAGCAAAACUCAGCUGGCCAUUGUACAGACACAAAAAAUGUCUCCGAGACUAAUGAUAUCCACAACUGUGUUGAGUGUCCUUCUGAUACUAGAUCAGAUGAGUUGAUAUGCGCAGACCUGGUGAGUGAUACAGACACGCCAGUGAGCAUGGUGGCUAAUGCGGACAGCAUCGGGGAUGUAGGGGACUUGGAGGAGGAGAUGCGCUACUUGGAGCACGUUGAGAGUCUUCUGCAGGAGCAGGGAAGGCUACUGGAGGAAGCCUCCCCACCAAGAUGCCAUCCAAAACCCCAGGCUCAAGAGAAGAUCACCCCACCCCGAGAGGAGGCCAUUGUGCCAGAAUCAAGAACUACGUCAAAGUCAUGUCCGACUACAUUGGUAGCUCCUGAAGCUAUAGACCAAUUUGUGAGCACUGUGGAAAUUUCCUCAUCUAUAGCUGAUCAACCAUUCCAUAAACACUCAGGACCAUGUCUGAGUUUAUCCACUGAAGACGAUGAAGCACACCUCGCAAACACAACUGUCAUUUCUAAUUCUUCAUCAGACAUUGAUACAUGUAGAACUUCUCCGCCAACUGAGCUAGUUGAAUCUUCUGUGUGCCUUUACUUGUCGCCGACGCCAUUCGUCAUCGAUGUUUCUGUGGUUCCGUGCAGCAGUGCUGAAAAUGAGGACGGAGUUCCAGAUUCUGAAGAGCUAUGCAACUGUCCCGAAGCUGAGCUGGCUCCUCAGCGAUAUCGGACUUCCUUUGAACUUGCUUUGGAGAACCAGAGUCCCAAAGAAAAGUGUAAAAAAGUUACUCAAUAUUCAACGGAAAGUGCAGGGAGAAUCAAACCGGAGGACGACCUCCACGACAUGAAGCUCAUCCAGAGAGCACUCUUCAAGUACAAGCAGGACCUGUGUGAGUUAGAGAGCCUGGCCGAGCGUCUGUACGCCAGGCACCUGGAUGAGGACGGGGAGGGGGAGGAGUUUGGGGGCGGGGCCAUGACGGAGCGUGAGAGGGCGGAGCUGGAAUCUGUCAGAGAUCUGCGCAGGCAGGUGUUGGAGGAGGUGGAGGUCAUGGAAGGCCAGCUGGCUCAGCGGAUGAGGACAGCCGUCACAAGGUCCAACUUCCCGGAUGGGCUCGAGAAAAGCCUAGCAACUGCAUCUGAGGACAAUCUGGAGGUCAUUCAGGAGAUGGUGAACCUCUUAGAGGAGCAACGUUCCCUCCGUCGCAUGCUCCAAGAUCUGGAGACCACCCACUCCCACACCAGCCUCUCUGAGGCCUCCACCGUCCCGGAUCUGUCAGCCGUUGGCAGCCUGGGGUCCUCAUACCAGGAGGAGGAAGAAGAGGAGGAAGAAGAUGUGGUCAUCAGCACCAGUGAGAAGCGAGAGAUGAUGCAGGCAUUGAUGGACGUCAGGCUGGAGCUACAGCACCAGCGGGAGACGGCGCGGCGAGAGAUGAACAAUGCCGUCAAAGAGAUGAGGCAAGCUAUCAUAUCAGAACUCAGGCAAGAGCUACAGCUAGACGCCCAGCUAUUCCAGCGGCAACUUCAGGCCAAAGAUAAGGAGAUAGAACAGCUGAAGGGUUUACUGAGAGAGCAGCGAAGGUUGCAAGAUGGAGAAUAAGAAACAGAGACUGCCAGCCAAAAUGCCUCCCCGCCUCUCCUUGCAGUGUCUGAGGACCAGCUUCAAGCAACCCACGAGUCAUUCUGUCAGCCAGGGUGGAUUUCUUCCUUUGAGGGAGGAGUGAGCAAGUUUCAGUAACAGUUAUUCUCGUUCGUUCUAAGGCCAAAAAUAGAAAUUAGUCAGUCUCUGGUCAGCGCACGCGUUGAUUUUGAUCAUGCACGUCAGUGUAUUUUCUUCUUCAAAUUUUCCGUGGUAGCCAAUGGCGGUAGCUACAGCAGCGCCCUCUAUUGCCGCACCACCUCAAAUGUUCAUACCAAAGAGCACCAACGAAUGAAGAAGGGCCCAGGGCGAAUAAUGGAGGACACCAAGGUUUA